GCGGGAGAUUGAAGGUGGCCAUGGAACCCGACUGGACCCCAGAUGUCGUGGUUGCCGUUGAUUUUGGCAUGACCUGUACAGGCAUCGCCUAUUCCUAUGCCCCCGAAUGGCCCGCCCCGAAGCCGCUCCAGCACUGGCCGGGGCUGAUGGGCUCCGAACUUGCCAACAAAGUCCCCAGCAGGCUCCGAUAUGACCCUGUAACAGGUCAGGUACAGACCUGGGGAUUUCAGUGUGAGCCCGGUAGCGAUGCCAAAGGGGUGUUCAAGCUCAAUUUAGAUCCGCAUUUUGUGGAUUCGCGGCCAUAUCCCCCAAGCCGCCAGGACGCGAUGAGGUGGUUCACGGAUUAUGUCCACUGCGUUUAUCGCUAUGUCGUCUCUUAUUUUGCGCGCACUUUCCCCAGAUUUGCGUCGCGGAAUGUCGAGUUUAUCUUCAGUGUGCCCACCACGUGGAAGGACCCGCGCAUGGUGGCAGAGCUGAGACAGUCGAUCCGAUUUGAUUCGGACUCUCAUCGGGCGACUAUUGGGCUGACUGAGGCCGAGGCUGCAGCUGUGCAUGCUAGUGGGCAGUACUAUCAGAAGAAUGACGUGAUUCUGGUUUGUGAUGCGGGCGGAGGUACAACGGAUGUCAAUGUCUUGAAAUUGAUGUCGAACCCCGGGGAAGCGACGUUAUUUCACCCAUUGAGCUGUGUCGAAGGCAAAGCCGUUGGUUCGUCCCUGAUUGAUGCAGCAGCUUGUCAGCUCCUCGCUGGAAGGCUUGAAUGUAUCCGUGAUAUUUUGUCGAACUCACCACAGAAUACUGCAUGGGAACUUAUCAUGCAGCAAUUCCAGCGAUUUAAGUGCAACUUCGGCUCCGAAAUGAUGGAUGGCUCGCCGUUAAUCAUUGACAUUCCGGGUCUCGCUCAAGAGACUUCGUUUCCAGCGGCUGGGAUUGAAAAUGGACAAAUAAUUAUCACACAGGAUGAACUCCAGCAUCUAUUUGACGCGAGAAUUGAUGAGGUGCACAGUUUACUGGAUGAACAGAUUCGCUUGCUCCAAGUGACGAAUCCCCAGGAAAAAAUAUCUUUCUUAGUAUUAUCCGGGGGCUUUGGAAGCUCGCCAUACGUGAGGAAACGGCUAAAAGACAGAUACCAGAAUCCAGGUACCAUGUCUAGCCUUGUGGAGGUACUGACGGUUGACGAGCCACAGCUGGCUGUGGUUCAAGGCCAAAUCAUGAACCGCGUUCAGCAGCUAAAACAGGGUGCCUCGGCCUUCAAUUCCCUGUAUAGCCGCGUUAGCUACGGCGUGAUAUGUGAUCAGCUCCACGACGCUAACCGACAUUUGCGAGAGCCUGUACGAUUUGACGAACGAGAUGGAAAGAAAUUUGCCGUAGGCCAAAUAGAUUGGCUUGUUCUUCAGGGAGACGCAGUCCCCCGGACCGGAGUGUCGAAGGAAUUCCGACGAAAGAUUUACCCACGGGAUAUGGCCCGGCCAUGGGUUGCACAGAUUGUGAUGUCGACUCUUCCGCCGGGGCAAAUACCUCAGAGCAUGUCACACCCAGGGGCAAGUCUUAUCUGCAACAUAGAGGUGGACAUGACCAGUGUGGAUCGAAAAUCCCAGAACCACCGCUGGUAUCACCGAAAUCAAGCCCAUUUCUUAGCCAGUUUCACGAUCAGGAUGGUGGUUGGGCCCAACGACCUCGAGUUUGAACUAUGGAAUAAGAGCGGAGGCAGAAUUCGCAGCCACAAUCGAGACCCCAUAACUGUCAAGUGGAAUCCACCGGUAGAAGCAGAGGAUGGGAGCAUUCAUCGAGCCCAAGAAAUGCCCGGGGAUGAGCAUAAUAUCCGGCCAACUGAGCUGCCUGCACAUUCUAAAAAGCAUUUGGAGCUCCCCGGCAGCGAUAGCGGGGUUAAAGAGGUGCGACAUGAGCUUCCUGGUGAUUUUGGGCCUUCUUUUUCAUCUCGUUCCUGAAGAGCCGAUGCAGGACUUUGCAUCAUUGCCGAAUUCUUACUUUUUCCAUGAUGAUCUUCACAUUCUCUUCCUCGGAU